UAUCUUUAGAAUCAAACGUCAACCUAAAAGAGGAAUUCGAAGGAAAAUCAAAAUAUUUUCUUCAAAUAUAUCAAUAACAAAAUGAAAUAAUAAUUGGAAUUUUCGUUGAUCACCGUUAAAUCAUAAGGCUGCCUUAUGAACUUGGGUCUAUUCAAUCGCAUGAACAUAAAAGAUUCUGGUUCUAAUAAAGGGAUGUAUUCAGAAUGGACUUCUCUAACACUAUCGAUACAAAAUUAUGGAGAAGAAAACAAGAGUGUUUUGGAAAAAUUUGGGCUAUUGACAAGUAAAGAAGUAACUUUGGCUAUAGUUAAGCAACUUGUUAGUAAUCUGGGAAUUACCCAUUCUCCAGAAGAAAGUCCAUUAGUUUUGGAUAAGGAGGUACAAUGGUGUAUGGAGGUAAUAUGUUAUGGCUUAUCACUUCCUCUAUCGGAACAUGAGUCUAUUAAGGACUGCGUGAAUGUUUAUUGUGAAUGGCUUACAGCUUUAUUGCCUACUCCUAAAAUAUGUGUUCCAAAACCAAUAAUAGAUGAUCCAAAUCUAUUCUGUCAAAGAAUUAUCUCUCAUUUCUACUAUUUAUUUAUUCCAAGAAAAGGAGAAGGUAUUGAUACAAUCAAUCGACAAGCAGUGUUAUGUCACCGAGUUCUCAGAACUCUAAAACAUGUAUCUAAUGAUUCUAAAAUCUUAGAUAGAGAAACAUGGGAAUGUCUGCUUCUUUUCUUGAUAGCUAUAAAUGACAAUUUAUUAGCUUUACCCACCGUUAAAGAUGAUAUAGCUGAUCAGUUAUGUGAAAGAACACUGAGUGUCCUAUUUGAGGUUUGGUUAAUUGCUUGUGCUCACUGUUUUCCAUCACCUACUUUAUGGAAAACUUUGAGGGAAUGCUGCAUGAAUUGGAGACAUAGAACGGCUCUUGUUGAACAAUGGAAUCGAGUCAACUUAGCAUUAACAUCAAAAAUUUUAGUUUUCAUGUAUGGUCCUACAUUUCCUGAGCUGAAAUUAGGUGAUGAUGAUAUAAUAUCUCAUCCUAUGAGUAAUGAUUGUAUAGCUCAAUGUUGGUAUAGAUUUCUCAAUAUAAUUGGAAAUCCAGUAUGUCUAACAAAACCAGAGGUCAUCAGUCAAACCCAGAAAUUUUUACACUUUGCUAUCAACAACGCUGAUGUCGUGGAUCCUUGCCAACAUCCUUGUUUGGAAGUUUUGCCGCAGAUAUUUUUAAAAGCUAUAAAAGGUAUAGCAGGACAAGUAGAUGCGUUUCUGGGUAUAGCACAGCCAUCUUGGUGGGAUUUAGUUAUUUCAAGUGGCAUCACUGACAAAGUGAAGGAAUCUUCUCCUACUCCAACUUCUGUGCACUCUCCCACUCCUCCAACUCAGAGGAGACUGGCGAAAAGUUUCAGUGUUGCACCCUCUUCAGUGACUAAGGGUGCCCCAAAAACAUCUCUUAUUGGACUUACAACCAGCAGAGCUUCAAUCCCAAGUGCUAUCUCAGGAUCUUCAGGACCCUCUUCAUCAACAAGUCUUUCUUCAUUGACAUCUCUCAAUCUUGAGCCAAAACCUACUCUGGCGCCUGCCAGACCUAAAUGCAACAGUAUUCUGCAUCUAUUCGGAGAAUGGUUAUUUGAUGCUGCAUACAUAGAUUCAGACUGUCACUCUAAACAAUUUAUGGAAUCCACGAAAAGAAUGAGUUCUGUCAUUAUAGACAAAAAGAGUUCCCUUAGUUUCUCACAGUCCAGUUCGUUGAGCGACAUGCCCAGUUUACCGCCUACGUUGAUGAUCGAUAAGUUUGAAAGUGGAAAAGCAGAAGCUUUAGGAACACUAUGUAGGAUAAUAUGUUCUAAAAAAACGGGAGAAGAAAUCCUUCCUAUGUACUUAGCCCGCUUCUAUAUGGCGGUUCAAGUUGGAUUGAAGGUACCGCCAAACAGAGAGUGCACAGAAACUAUGGUUGCCAUCCUGAUUAAUUCUUCAGACUUGUUCCGAUUAGAUUUGGAUGGAGUUAGGAUGCUCCUACCUGUCUUUAUAUCCGCCUUGGAGAUUGUGUUACCGGAAAAGGAUUUGAAAGUAAAUGCCAGCAUCUCAAAGGUGGAACUAAGAAGGGCGUGUAUUCAUAUUUUGCUCUCUAUAUUGAUCCUGCCUCUGCAUUUUCAGAAUGUUACCAUCAAAGAUCUUAUUAAUACAAACUUUGAUAAGCCAGUAGCUUUCAUUCAACUUAAACUGCGUUUGAUGAAUCUAUUGAUGAACGCUCUGCAAAUAGAAACAGACGCUCAAAAUACUCAUAUGCUGUUGGGUGGACUUUUCUUGUCCGUUUUGGAUUCUGCAAAGUUCGAGAAGGUCGAACAUUUCACACAGCCUCCCACAGAAUCUGGAUCAAAUCUAAUAAGUUCAGCAUCAGAUACAGCAAGUACCACCAGCAUGGCUAGCAGUUUCGACCAUACCACUUCUUCCCUGGAACCAAUUGAACAAGCCGAACCGUAUGAGUUUCAUCAUCAGCUUUCCAUAGAUUCAGCGCAUGCUCUUUUCGUUAGAGCCACUUAUUUGGUUUGCCAUAGGCUGAUUUCAUCAUGGAAAACAGAUUUGAACAUUUCAUUAGCAGCGUUAGAACUACUUUCUGGACUAGCAAGAAUCCAUAUAAAGGAAUCGGAUGCUAUGGAAUGCAAAAGGGCUGUGAAAUGGCUGUGCGAUUACAUAAUACACCAGUGUUCUAGACCUCCACAAGCACAUUCCAAAGACUUACAUUCCACUAUUGUGGCAGCAUUCCACUGUUGUUCUGUUUGGCUUCUCCAACACCCUUAUCUUCUACGUGAUAAGGACUGUCUACAAACGGUAUUAGAAGUAGUUGAACUCGGAGUAUCUGGCACUAAAUCAAUUGGUAAACCUUCUGAAAAUGUCAAAAUGAAGGAGGAGAAAGAAUUGAAACCUGCGUCCAUAAGAGUGAGAGAUGCAGCGGAAAAUCUUCUGACUUGUAUCUUAGAAGAUGUUGGUUACUUUCCCAACGAAUGUGGUCCGGAAUCCACUUCAUCUCUCUUAGAUGAAGUAACUCUCUUACAGUAUUGCAACCCAUGUAUUUUGAAUAAGUCUGAGAAGAAAGCAGCAGUUCAACAUUUUCGAUAUUUUGUGAGCGAAGGAGGUAUAAUGAUAGCACUCUUAGAAGAUCCUCUUGGUAAUGAUCAGGAUCCACAACCAACUGUUACACUCCUCAUAAGAGGACCCUUUGGAAGACACGCUUGGACUAUGCAAUUGAGACAUUUACCCAGACAUAAAUCUAGUAUGAAGUAUCACGCACCGAAUCCUGGUAGGCCUGUUGCUAUGCAAGAUGGACCAGCACGACCAACAUUAAAACAAAAAUAUUUCCCGGACACUGUAGACAGGGUGCAGCAAUGUAAAGUAGACCUCUCUAUACCAUCAUUGGAGUCUGUACUCGCAAAAGAUGCAUCCAUCAAUGAAGAUGCUGAAAAAUUGAAACAAUUCCUGGGUAAACAAUCGUCAGUGGAAUCAAAUUUCAGCUCUAACAGUACUUUUCAAGAAUGCAUGCCACCACCUAUAUGUCAUGAUUAUCAAACAGCCCGUUUGUUUUUAUCUCAUUUUGGUUUAUUGGAAUUAGAUAUGGAUGAGGAGGAUGAAGGUAAAAGCGGUAUCUUAGAGCUUGACAGUAGCAUGAGUGAUUUCUCAAAGGAUUUGACUCUGCUUGAUAAUUUAAGUUCAAGGACAUGUGAUACUGUUCACAUAUUUUAUGUAAAAUCGCAACAGAGUAAAGCUGAGGAUAUUGUUGGAAAUAUGAGGAACCAGUCAUCACUUUCUCCUUAUUUUAUUGAAUUUCUACAUACAUUGGGGUGGUCUGUCGAAAUCGGAAAGCAUCCUGGUUGGACUGGGCAUGUUUCAACAAGCUGGAUGUUACCUCAGACGACCGAUCCAAAGCCAAAAGAAAGAAAUACGCAAGAGAUAUGCUAUGAUGGUACAGAACAUGUUUUGUACUGGGCAGAUGCUUGUUCUGAAAUUGCUUUUAUGGUUCCCUCACAACUCGAACCAAAAAUUGGUGGAGAACAACCUUCAUUCAAUGCAAACAUUCUUUCGUGGUGUGACGGUAAUCCAACAGAGGUCGCUAGUAGGGAUAAAAGAGCCCUAAGUUUGGAUUUGGAUAAGCAACCUUUGCCUCCAAAAAGGUCUUCUCAUAGGUCAAGCAUGUAUACACACAUCAACUCAAAAAUUAUGGUUGUUUGGCUUGAAAAUUUCGAAGAUCAUCUCAAUUUACCAAUUUCUGAUCUUUUGAACUGUAUGAACACAGGCCUCGAAAUCAACAAUUCUGGAAAAAGUACCGAAGUAACAAUAAUUUUCUUACACGCUAUGGAAACUGGUUUAUUUAGGGUUCAUCUACAAGGACCUACAGGUAAAGUGGGGUUGGCCUUACCAUUGAUCAAUGGCAUGGUGGUUAAUAGAAGAUGUUUGGGACCACUUGUUCGACAUACCUCAUUGAAUAUGGCGAGACGAAGAAGAUUAGAUUCAGAACAUUAUCAACCACCUCACGUAAGAAGAAGAGUUAAAAUUCAGGAAAUGGUCCAAAAAUAUAAGAGGAAUAUGAGUGGACCAGAACUCCUCACAAAUCUUUUCAGAGCUAUGUAAUAAUAUAUAUAUUUAUAUUAUUUUUAAUUUAAAUUUUUAUGAAUCGUUCUAAUAAAAUAUUAACAGUUAA